AUGGCGACCACGCAGUAUACGCACCCGGACGGGCAGGAGCCGCCAAACGGCCAACACCUCAACGAGCGCCAUCCGAGCGUCAUCUGGAUGUAUGGAGAGUAUUGGGAGACUGCUUGCUGGGCAUGCCAUGCCAACAAGCCUGCCAACGGCGAUGUUUGGGAGCACGGAGCUGAGUCUUUGCCAAGGCACAUCGCAAGAAUCCACGGCCGCCAACAUCCUAAGGAUGCUGAGGCCGAGUUGGCCCUACGUGUUAUCCGCAAUCUGACCCCCGAAGACAUCGCCAGACUUCGAGGCGGUAUACAGCCAGCAGAUGGCGCUACGAUUAGGCCUAUAGAGCCUGGAGAAGCCGAAGAUGGCUUCGACGAUGACUUCUUUGAGCUGCCUGGCAACAUAGCUGCAAGCAAAGUCCACAGCGAUGAGUUUGCGCUCAUCUCAUGCUUAUUGUGCGACGCAAACGCGGACUUUGAGACGGGAGAAUUUUUCGCCGGCAUGUCUGGUUUGACAGAACAUUGUCGCAAAGUACAUGGAACGUGCCAAAGAGCUCAUGUAGAGCCACUAAGUGGAGAAGAGUUGGUGAGAACCUUCAACGGCUACAGUCCAAAUGUGCGCCAUUACGGCCACAUCUUCCGAUAUGGCAAGGCCGUCCCGCAUGGAAAGAGCGACGCGAGAAGGCGAAACACUUCAAGUGGACACCAACAAAUCUAUGAUCAAGAUCACCGUCACGGCAAGCUAGGCAUACUAGCCGCUCUCAAAGCGGGAGUAAAGACCAUCGAACAUGGCUCCUACCUCGACGAGGAAAUCUGCGACCUCAUGCUCGAGAAGAAGGCAAUGUUCGUACCCACUAGAACCAUCAUCGAGAUCGGCCUCGAGCUCAGUAAAGGCUUCUUCGAUCCCUCCGGCUACAGAAAACUUCACAAGCUUGCUGAAGCACAUUGGAAUGCGUUGAAGCUGGCGAUCAAGAGGGGGGUACCUAUCGCCAUCAGCUGCGAUAUUCCUGGCUUCGUGCCUGGGAACAAUGUCUAUACUUAUGGCAGGAAUGGGAGAGAGCUUGUGUAUCUUGUCAAGGCUGGGAUGAGUCCGUUGCAGGCUAUUGAGGCGGCGACGGCGAAUGGUCCUUUGACGCUUGGGCCACAAGGGCCGAAGGCUGGACAGUUGAAGGUAGGGUUUGAUGCUGAUUUUAUUGCACUGGACGAGAAUCCGUUGAACGAUAUUGAGAUUUUGGAUGAGCCGGAACAUGUGACGCAUGUAUGGAAAGCUGGGACGUGCUAUAAGUCCCCCGGUCAUCCCAUCUCUUCAAUCUAG